UCCCCAGACGAGUGCCAGAGGUCCCCGGGCUCCGUGGAGAAGCGCUCACAUCUCUCCAUGGCGCGUAACGGGAACAGCCACAGGGACAGCAGCCACAGGCUCUCCGGGCAUCUCACGCGAGUUUUUGGGGUCCCUUCAUCCCCCGUAGCAUCCCUAUCCCUCCUCCCUCAUCUGGGUGCCAGCGUCGGAGGAUGUCUAGGACCCGGGCUGCGCGGCUCCUCCCUUUCAGGUCUCUCCAGGGUUAUUGCUUGGUGGGAGGUAGGUUCAGGGCUUGGUGGUAUGAAUGAAAGAGAGACAGGAAAUCUGGACUGAAAAGCUCAAACUGGAAUAGCUCGCCUGUCUCCAGGCAACAGGCCUGACGCAACCGCUGGGGAGAAAAAAAAAAAAAAAAAAGUCCCUUAAAUAAGAAAAAAAAAAAACAGAGAGAGAUUUCUGAAGCGAGACAGGGAGGAGGAUGAGACAGUCUGCUGAAGGCACUGGUGACACCGCUCUGCAAAUACCAAGUUGGAGACCCGAGGCGGAAGGAGGGAGCCAAGAUGUCCGUGCAGCAUUCCCGCUGAGUCCCUCCCCGGUGUCCGUCCAACCUCGGCGUGGUGCCUGAGCAGGAUUUUUCUUUUGAGAAGCCACUUCGGGCACGUUGCAGUGAGUUGGUCUGGCCUUGAGGGCUUCCCACCCCUGUCCCUGACCCGUGGCAGCCCACCCCUAUGCCGUUGGACUCCCGGGGAGGAUGUCUCUGCCUAAAAUCCAAAUAGAAGAGGCACUGGACAGCACGGAUGGCGGCUCUGGAGGUGCCGUUCCUCCUGAUGAUCACCUGAGGAGCCUCAAGGCCUUGACGGAGAAGCUGAGGCUGGAAACCAGGCGCCCGUCCUACUUGGAGUGGAAGGCAAAGCUGGAGGAGCAGGCAUGGAAGAGCCCCCAGCCAGCUGGUGAGGAGGACGGGAAUGAGGCCAAAAAGGGCCCGGAGGAGACUGUCCCUCUGAGAAAGGUGCAGCUGCACCUCAAUGGGAGCCCUCCCCAGGACAAGGUGACUCUUACCUCAGGGAAAAUAGGCGGCUUUGAGAGCAUCGACGAGGCUUUGACGUGGCUCCGGAAGGAACUGGCAGAAAUGCGCCUGCAGGACCAGCAGCUGGCCAGGCAGCUCAUGCGCCUCCGCAGCGACAUCAACAAGCUGAAGAUCGAGCAGACCUGCCACCUCCACCAGCGCAUGCUCAACGACGCCACGUACGAGCUGGAGGAGCGGGACGAGCUCUCCGACCUCUUCUGCGACUUCCCUCUCGUCAGCUCCUUCAGCCUCUCCACGCCGCUCAAGCUCAUCGGGGUCACCAAGAUGAACAUCAACUCGCGCCGGUUCUCGCUGUGCUGAAGGGGGGCAGAAGAGGGAAGGAUGGGGGAGAAGGAGAAAGGAUUGGGCAGUGCCAGGGCUCUCCCUGCCUGAUGGCUGGGCACAAAGAGGUCUCGGAGGGGCAGAGGGGACGGGAGCAAACGGGGAACACACGUCUGGUCUUGGUGGCAUAAGGAGCAGCAGAGCACAGUGCUGGGAUGGCUCAGAGAUGCCCGUUGAGAAGACAGGACCUGCAGGAAGCACAGAGCAUCUGAACCCAGCUUGGGCAGUUAGCCUGCUCUUUUGCAAAGUCCCUUCUCCUCCUUCUCCUCUCCCUGCAGCAGCAAAGAGGUGGACACCUCUUCAGUAUGGUUGUACUCAGAAGUCAGAGGGGAGGUUCAAAGAUCAGCCAGAAAGCAAGGCAAAAAUCCCCUUUCCCAUCCCUUUUCCUCCUCCCAGGCUAGAGCUGUCUUCAGAAAAUGUCACUCCCCUCCCUGGAUGUCUCCUGAGACAUCAGUCCUCUGCCUCUGACGGCCCAGGCACGGGGUCUUUGGGGCUGUUUUAGACGAAAAGAUGGUUUCCAGUGGAAAGGAGCCCUCCCAGCAGGUGAGAGAUGGUGGAUUAAAUGGUUUGCAGCCCCAAAGGUGGUGAGAUGUGCUUGUUGACGUGCUCCAUUGCGUCCAGUGUACUCUAGCAUAAUUUUGUCUGUGGUAUGGAUUAUGGAUGGAUCAUGGACCUAUUUAUACAGAGACUCCUUCUGGCCAGAAGUCACCUGUGUGCCCUAGAAUUUCUACCCAGAGCAAUAUUUGUUCCUGAUCCCACUGUCAGCCUUGGCCACAAGACUCAUGUGGCUAGCUCCAACAGCAGUAAGGCAACGGAGGGAGUUUACACCCGGGACAUCCCGCAUCAGAGAAACCACCCAAGGCUGACAUUCUCCUCCCAGCAGCAGCACCAGCAAAUCCUCGGUCCUUUGUAGCAACACGCAUCCAUCGGAGAAGGGACCUCUGAGAGGAAAAAAAGGACUUUCGUGUAAUGAGGGUGAAGUGCGACUACAAAUUAAAGGGAGAAACAUUGCUGCGACGAGCUGCCCUCACUGUGCUUUGGACCUGCAGCCAUCACAGGGGGAUUCCCUCCCGUCCUGGCAGCGUGUAGGGUGGGUGCUGUGUUUUCCGCCUUUCAGUGCAUGAGGACAGCGGGCAGAGCCCCCCGUGGUCUAACCCAGCAGGGGCAGGGACACAAGGGGCUUAGCCACGGCGGCUCCUGGUACCCGAGACAGCCUGUCCAGGGGGAGCGUGGCUGCCUCGAGGCUCUCCCUCCUGUUCCAACACUUCUGACCGUGCCAGAGCCCAGCUCUGCUCUUCUCAGCAUGCCAGAGCAGCUCGGUGAUGCCUCCCGCUCCAGUGUAUGGCUUGCUGAGAGGUAUUUGGGGGCAGCAGAGCUGUAGCUAUACUAAUAGUUUAAUCAGUGUUGUGCCUAAACUUGGAGACUUUUACUGCCCAGGUACUGAAGGUUUAAUAGGGUUGUGGCCAGACUGCCAGUUGGCCUCUGGAUUGUGAUGCCAUUUAGUUUACUAGUAGAGAAAUAGCCUUAUUUCCCCAUGGACAUUUUGGGAAAAAAAAAAAAAAAAAUCAUUAAAAUUCUUCUUUGUUUACUUUUUUAAUAAAAAAAAAUCUAUUCAUGUCCCAUGUUGAUUUUCAGAGGCAUUUUCGAUCAAAAGAUGGCAACGACAGCAUUUCAGCGAAAAUAAUGCCUUGGAAGAGAGGGACUGGUUCUCUCUAGGAUAAUCUAGAGUCAAAUAUAGAGGGGUCCUGCCUUUGGGCUCUUAUCUGGCAGCUGAAUGCCAGGGGUUAGUACAAGCACAGUCUUAGGAGGUCAUUAUAUGUGGCGUUAGAGAUAUCAGACGUCUGGGUUCCAGACAUGUAUUUUCUGCAUUAAGUGGGAUGAGAAUGGUUAUAAACUGCCAGCUGUUCAUCGAAAUGCACAAUUUUUUUAAUUAUAAAAUGAUGUCUGUAUUGA